AUGGAAGAAUUGAUUUUCAAUCUUCGGAAUAUUACAAACGAAGAUGCCAAACUCAGAGCUGAAGCAGAAACAUAUAUCAAUACCCAUAAACAAGACACUCCUGUUGAAUUUUUUAUUCUUUUAUUUCAAUGUGCUCAGCAAAAUAUCAAUGACAUAGCUGGAAUGCAAGCGCUGAUUAUAGUUUCCUCGUAUUUAACACCGCAACAGUUCUACACUCCCCAAAAAAUCAGAUUUUUUUGGGAAAAUUUGACUCCAGAAGCAAGAGCAGAACUCACAUCAUUUAUAAUUGAAAUAUCAUACAGUAAUGACGUAAAAAUAUCCAAUAGUGCACUUAAAAUUCUUAAUUCAUUACAAAAACUCCAGCCAACUACAUCUAACGGGGUUUUCAGUGCAAUCAAAGCGCAGCUUGAAAAUGGCAAUGUCAAAGACUCUCUAAUUAUUAUUCAAUCUUUUUGCAGCAACAACAAUAUUGUUCCAUCAACAGAUUCUGCUGAUAUUUACAAUUUACUUUGCCAGAAGACAUCAGAAAUUGAUCCUUCCAACGAAAUCUUUAUUUACCUUUACCCAGCGCUACAAUCAAUGCUUCCAAUUUUUGGAAAUGAAGAAGGCUUCAUUUCUCAGAUGGAAGUUUUCCUUUAUCAAGUUGUUUUCCUUAGGAUACAUGAUUUGGCAACAAAUAUGGACGCAAAAUGCCUUCAUUUACUAUUUGAUAUUAUUUUCCAAAUAUUUUUGAUUUUGUACGACCACGACAACAGAAAUCAGAUACUAAUGAGUGAGAACUUCGUCAAUUUCCUCCUUUCAUGCUUCGAUCCAGUGAACGGAAGGCAAAUUAACUUAGAAGUUUUAAAUUUGUUCAUAAGGAUCUCAAACAAAGAAAUUGAAGCGAAAAAUAGUGUUUUAGCCAAAAAGUCCGUCGAAGCAGCCGCAGAAAUCCUCUUUUCCGACUCUCCAAAAUUAUCAAAUUAUACACCACAAAUUAAUACAAUGCCUUACCGCGAGUACUUAUCGGUAAUGUCAGAUCAGAUCCUUCAAGCCAUUAAAACAAUACUUUUCGACUUUGGAUCUGAAGAUUUACAAAAUUUGUCAGUUUUACACUAUUACGACAAAGAUUCUCUUCCUCCACAUAUGGAAGUGAUCAUUCUGGCCAAUAAUCUUGCAGCAAUUUGUGUUCAAAGUGACAAAUUUUUCAAAGAUAUUCUUCAAGAAUUAAAUAACUUGGGAGAACAGUCACCGCAAUCAGCUAUGAUACAUCUAGAAGUGUUGAAUGCAUUGUUCGCAUGCGACAAUAAUGAUAAUCAUCUGUUUACUCAAGAAAAUGAAUUUAUUGCUGACUGUAUCAAGUCAGAAGCUGAUUCAAUCUCCGAAAUGGCCAUGUUAUUAAUCAUUGGUGCUGACGAUAGGUACUUUUUCAAAGAUUUAUUCCCAUCAUCAGAACAAUAUAAAGUAAAAAUCGAAGAAACGAUAUUCUAUCGCUACCACCAAGCUUUAAUGAGUGUUAUUUCAAGCAACCGCGAUAUCCAGUUAGUUAAAUAUGCUUGUGAGACCUAUUUAAAGCUAAUUGACACAAAUUACCAGAGAUAUGUACAAUAUCAAAAUACAAUUGGAUUCAUUUUCGAUAAGACAAUACCAAUUAUCGAAAAAUUCACCAAUUUCUUGCUCGAAAACUACAAGGGAGACACUUUCAUUUUCCAAAAGUGUUAUGAGAUGUAUGGUCAUAUCAUUAAGAACUUUGAUAGGAACCUGUACAACGUAUAUGGUAAGUACUGCAAGGAGAAAAUGGAAGAUACCAUCGAAAAACUCCAUAAAACUUAUUUAAUUUCCGAAACAGUCUCUUCCAUAGAAAGCAGCCAAGCCAGGGAAGUCUUUUUAAUGUUUAUCAACUAUGCUGCAACUAAUAAUGACAGUAGAUGGUUUGAUAUUGCAAACGAUUUCCUUCCUUUAGUUAUAAAGCUUUACGAAGAAACAAAGGACUCAGAUGUGAUUCAAUGUAUUUUUAACAUUUAUAAUAUACUAGGACCAGUUAAUCAGGAGCAAUAUAAUUCGAUGAUUGAAGAUUUUUGCCUAGAAUUCUUGGGAUCACAGAACGUUGAGCAAACAAUACUUGGCUGCACAUUUGUAAUGUCCUUGUACACAAAAUCUUACGAUAAAAUUGUAAAACAUAAUACUGAUCCAAUUUCCAUGUUCAAUUCAGUUUUCUCUAUUCUUAAUAACAACUGGAUACUUGAACAAAUACUUCCUGCCGUUCUUGAGGCUCUCACGACCAUUUUACGCUACGGAUUUUGUUUCAAAUCUUAUUUUGACUCAAAAAUUGAACUAGCAGCUGACAAUAUUGAUGACUUCGAAAUUAUGACUGACGAACAAGUGAAAAAACCUGGAAAAUACAGACAAGCCGAAAAAUCUGAUUCAAAAUUAGUAAAAUUAGUCGGAAAAGACGUCAGCGAAGUAAGCAAAGCAUCUCUUAAUGAAAUCUGCACUCAACAGCAAGAACUUGUAGGAGAUUUCGGAACAUAUCCAGAAGAAGUUCAAGCCAUCAUCUCAGAACUUAUUGAUAUUAUUGCAAACAGGUUUAACUUCGUAUAUGAUGCCGAAGACCCAGAAAAUUCAUGCGAAAAUGUUUUAAUUAAGGCAUUUGAAUUUCUCAAGACCGUUGUGUUAAGAAUUGGAACAAGCCAAUUCAUCCUUGACCAUAGAAUUAAUAUCCUCAAGAUUGUUCGCAUUAUUUCAGAUAAUGAAAUUCAAAAUCCAGUUGUUUUGGAAAAAUACAUGGCUUUUUAUAAAGCAAUGGCCAAUGUUUUCUUCUCUACAGAAAUAAACAUGUUUACAAGGCCGUUCUUCGUCAGGAAGGAGUUUGUCUUUCCAAUUGUCAUCGCUCAGGCUGUUUUGUUUAGCCAGAAUGGAUUAUAUAACCCUAAAGACUUGGCAGAGUAUAUAACUGGAAAGAGAAAUGAAUACAGCCAAAAAGUAAAUUCGAGAUAA